CAGAUUCCAGCAGAUGGUCGGGAACUUUCCUCCUGGAGACCCGCUGCUGCUCUUCGUCCACAGACAGACUCCUGGAACUAGACGGAGCUCCAGACGGUGGACGGAACCAUGCCCUCCAACUUCCUCACGCCUUUCCUGGAGCUGGACGAGGAGUUCUGCAAGAGUUUCCGUGGUUUGGAUUCAUCCGAUGUUCUGUCCGGCGGCUCUCAGCGAGUUCUGGGUUUCCAGCGGCGCCACUCGCUGUGCCCCGUCACGCUGCCCAACUCCAAGUUCAACAGCGGCGACUCGUCCGAGGCGUGCUGCUGGGGGCUCAACAUGGCCGCCGGCCCGCCGUGGAGCCGUGAGGGUCAGCUGAGCUCGUCGCUGAGCCACAUCCCCUUCAGGGUGGACCGCUCCGUCAGCAUGAUCGAAGGCGCCGUCCAGGAGGACAAGAUGGCCGCGUCGUCGCCACCGCUGCCGCCUCCUCCGGGCCUCUGCAUCAGCAACGCCUCGCUGUCGGCCUCCCGGCCGCCGCCCCACAUCUCCACCCGCUACAAGACGGAGCUGUGCCGGACCUACGAGGAGAGCGGCGCCUGUAAAUACGACGCCAAGUGUCAGUUCGCUCACGGCCUGGACGAGCUGCGAGGCCUCAGCCGACACCCCAAGUACAAGACGGAGCCCUGCCGCACCUUCCACACCAUCGGCUUCUGUCCCUACGGCGCCCGCUGCCACUUCAUCCACAACGCCGACGAGGCCAACGCCAUCGCCACCGCCGGGACUCAGAAACACAAGCUGAGGCCUCCGCUGCUCCGUCACAGCUUCAGCUUCGCCGGCUUCUCCUCGUCUCCUCAGACCUUCCAGCCACUGGAAGAGCCUUCAUCCGUCCUCUUCACUCGGGCCUCCUCCAUCUCGCCUCCCCCGUCCUCCUCGGUGAGUCCGGAGCUCCUCUCUCCUCUGUUUCCAGAACCAGGAGCCCUGAAGCACUGCUCCUAUCCCUUCUCCGGGAUUGGCGACCUGGCGGCUGACGCUGGCGACUCCCUCCGGUUCUAUGCUGCGACCGACUCGCUCAGAACCUCCAAACCCCAGAACCUCCGGUUCCUGCCGCCGGGCCUCCAGCGCUGCUCCUCGGCCGACUCGCUGUCCGAGGAGGGCUACACGUCGUCCUGCUCGCUGAGCUCGGCCUCCAGCGGAACCGAGUCCCCGAGCUUCGAGGGCCGACGGCUGCCGAUCUUCAGCCGGCUGUCGGUUCCGGACGAGUAGAAGUUCUACACAGACUGGGACAGACUGGUGUAACUCUGACUCCAGAGGAUUAGAACUUUAGCGGUUCUAUUCCCUCCUGAGUCCGGCCCAGUAAAUAUCUUUGUGCAUAUUGCAUUCCUCAUCCCAGCAGCUGUAGCGCUGCUCAGUGUUCGUCCACUUUUAGCCGACCUUUUGUUCUCUUUCUGUUUGUUACUGCUGUAUACUGUUGUAUACCUGUUAGUACAGAACCAGAACCUGUGGAGCCCAGCAUUGGUUCUGAUGCUGGUUCUGGAGUUCUGUGUGAGAACUUCUUGUACCCUGAAGAAGAAGAAGAAGGAUUUUACUCUUUUUACCGCUUUAUUUGAUCCGUCUUUGUGUAGAUUCUCAGCCGUCCAGGUCCUGGUGAUCCAGCUGGACUUCUGCUGGGUUCUAGAAGAUGUUCCAUCUCCAGAACCCAGCAAAAGUCUAGUUCAAGAAUCCAACAUGGAAGCUCCAGUAGCUUCUAUUUCUACUGAAGCUUCCAUGUUUGUUGGUUGUAUUUCUUCCUUUAAGUCUGCAGCUUUCAGCACCUCUCACAUUCAGGGCUGAAUACCUGCCACUGAUUGAUUGAUUGAUUGAUUGAUUGAUUGAUUAAUUGAUUGACUGAUUGACUGAUUGGCUGUGGACACUUGAUUGUACUCGUUUUAACUGCACCGCUGUAGAGAACCCACUGACUCUAGUUACCAAAGUCCUUCCUAACCUGCUAGUUAGCUGUUAGUGACCAGACUGCUGUGAUUCUAGUCUAACUCCUUCGUUUUAUUUAUUUAUUGCUUUUUGACUCGUUUGUCGCGUCAUGAUUGCUUUAUGCAUUAUUCUGUGAUGCCAGAGAAAUUAGGAUGCUUUGUGAUGCGUCCACCUGCUGGCCGUCAGAAGCUUUAAGGCGGCUGGUCGGAGAGGAGAGACCAGGAGGAGUCUUCACUUUGGCAUUCUGUCUUCAUGUUGCCUUACUGGCUAAAGGCCUGCAGGAAUCAGGACUCUCCUCUCGACCUCCUCACCUGACCGUCGGACUCACCUUUACCUCAGCAGACCAACAGGAGGAACUGAAACUAUGGCCUGUUUUAAGUGUUUUUAUGCUGGUUCGUGUGAAGAAUGGAUCGUAAACUAUAAACUCUGGAAUCAUUCAACUGAACUGUUUUGGUUUUUUUUUAGUCCUGAAACGGACACUGAGCUUCCUUCUUUUUUUUGUAACUUUUGUUAACUUAAAGUCUUAUUUAUUUUUUUGGUUUUUCGAAGCCGAACCUAUAUUGUGUUGAUUGAUUGUUGUGUGUUUUUGUUGUUUUACAUAAUUUAAGUGCAUCUAUUGUUUACAGUCUGUGGUUAUGUUCAUAUCUUAGCUCUUUAUCUUAAUAUAUGUCCAUCUUUAUUUCAAAAUAAAGGUCUCUGAAAAGAGCUCAGUCUGGAAUCUCA